GAGAGAGAUUGUUCCUACAUAAAGAGUGUCGCCAACGAUUCUUAGCACUUGUUCUAAUAAGCACUCCGAGCGGUGCGCCUCCUCACUAAUCCAAGCAUUUAUGUCUGUCCGCUGUAAGUGCUGUGUACAACGACACACGUCGGAACUCCCCGCAACGAGCCAGUGCUUCUCCCUCUCUCUGACUCCCUUGGCAGUCAUCGCCUAUCUGCGUAGUGUUGCUGAUGUGCGUCCUUCCAUUGUGAGUGAGAGGAUUCAAAUACUGAUCAACGACGACGACAACAAGGACGGUCGGACUUUGGUACAGGCAACGGCGACGUUUUAUGCAAAAUUUUGCACGCAACGUGGACGUACUAGCGCAGGGCCUCAAGUACAGCAUAUCCGGACUCAUGAACCUCGCAAACCAGACUGCCGAUCCUCAGAGCGGUGUUUUCUUCGUUAACUUUAACCAGGACUGCUCGUCAUUAGCCGUUGGAUCCAAGUCUGGCUACAAAAUCUUUUCCCUCAACUUGGUUGAUCACCUUGAAAAGAUCUUUGAAAAUGGAACCGAAGAUGUGUGCAUUAUCGAGCGUUUGUUCAACAGUAGCCUUAUUGCCAUGGUCAGUUCGUCAUCCCCUCGGAAACUCAAAGUCUGCCACUUUAAAAAGGGCACGGAAAUAUGCAACUACAGUUACUCAAAUACCAUUUUGGCUGUGAAACUUAAUAGAGCGAGAUUAGUAGUAUGUUUGGAAGAAUCGCUCUACAUUCACAAUAUAAGAGAUAUGAAAGUGCUACACACUAUUCGUGAUACACCACCUAAUUUAGCGGGACUUUGUUCACUUUCAAUAAACACUGACAAUUGUUAUUUAGCCUAUCCAGGUUCUAAUACAAUUGGCGAGGUCCAAAUAUUCGAUGCCAUUAAUCUUCAAGCAAAAACAAUGAUUCCAGCACACGAUAGUCCAUUAGCUGCUCUUGCAUUCAGCCCUAAUGGAACAAAAGUCGCAACGGCUUCAGAAAAAGGGACCGUAAUAAGGGUCUUUCAUGUUCAUGAUGGAACAAAACUUUUUGAGUUCCGCCGAGGAGUUAAGCGAUGUGUCUCUAUCAGUAGUCUAGUUUUCAGUAUAGACUCUAUAUUUUUAUGCUGCUCUAGUAAUACAGAAACUGUUCACAUAUUCAAAUUGGAAGAGCCAAAAGAAGUGCCGCAACAAGCACCAGAAGAAGUCCAGAGCUGGAUGGGAUAUUUAACAAAAGCAGUAUCAGCAUCGGCUAAUUAUUUACCGUCACAAGUAACAGACGUUUUUAAUCAAGGGCGUGCUUUUGCCAGUGUUCAUUUGCCCUUUCAUGGACUCAAGAACGUUUGUGCUAUCACAACGAUACAAAAGGUGCUCAGGUUGCUGGUUGCCAGUGCAGAUGGUUACUUGUAUGUUUAUAAUCUUGAUACUCAUGAAGGUGGGGAUUGCACUCUUUUUAAACAACACAGGUUAGAUGGUAAACAAGAUGAAAUCGACGGUGCCAGUCUAUCAACUACUGUAUCAUGCUCUGAAAAUUCAGCGACAGGUACACAAUCAAUACAAAAUACAGCCUGCAUAAAUAGCUACGCGGGUGCGUUGCGCGGCCGUUCGCCAGACUCCAUGUCAGAGUCGGAAAAAUACCAUGAGAUAAUAGCAGCGACUGAGAGCCCACCUAAGAGCGAUGGAGCAUUCUGCCUCGAUGAUGACGAUGACUUCCCGCCAGUGAGCCAAAGGGCUGACUGAGUACAAUAACAGAAAGUGCCGCAACGACAGCAGCAGUCACAUAUCAAUAACAUCACCAGCAGCAGCAAUAGCAAUGUGCGACACAAAAAGCGAGGAAUGAAGUUUUGCUGAGAAAAGCGGAGCAACCACGCAUCUACACCAUCUUUACUAUCUAAUACCUUUCCCUUCAAUUCCUUCGAUUAUUUGUUCUCUUAUAUCAACGCUGCAUCACCUUUUAUCUUCAUUCAUUUACCAAUGUGUUUGGUAUUCCGUUACAAAGUACGCAGCGUUGUUAUAUUUGCGUAAUAGCCUAUUGUU